AUGUUGGAAGAGGGACUGUGUGCGCCGCUGGUCGGGGAGCCGCCGCGUUGUGACCUGAGUUAUGUAUUACCAGCACUUGUGGCUCGGUAUUAUUUGGACGCAAUUACUGAAGAGUGGAUUAAGCCGAGAAUAGGUAGUGGAGAGGAGGUUGGGAUUGGGAGGUAGGAGGUGUGUUACCACCGUUAGAAUGGUCGGGGUACAAAGUGAUUGCAGAGGAAGGUUAGUUUCCAUUGGCGGGAGAGGUGUGCGAGUGGGAUUUGAAUAUAGCCAGCUGCGUAAACGAUCGUUAGCUACCGCCGGUUUAGAAUAGAAAACAAUAUGAGCUCACUCAAGAUUCUGCCCCAA